AGGAUCAUCAUCAGCGUCAGCCGUGAUGAAAUACGAUGAAGCAACCACCUGCCCUCUCACCACGCCGCCGCCCCAGAAUACUUAACCCGAGGCUCUCCGACGAAGGGCUCCCUUGGCCGUCGAGGAGGUCCGGCCAUGGCGCGUCCUCCGAUCCUCUCUCUGGCUUUGCCCUCCGAGACCGGCCGCGUCCUCAGCAUCCAAUCUCACACUGUCCAGGGAUAUGUUGGCAACAAAGCUGCUGUCUUUCCUCUUCAACUUCUUGGCUAUGAUGUUGAUCCUAUCAACUCAGUUCAGUUUUCAAAUCAUACAGGAUAUCCAACAUUUAGAGGGCAAGUUCUUAAUGGUCAACAGCUGUGCGAUCUGAUUGAAGGCCUUGCAGCAAAUGAUCUGUUAUAUUACACUCAUCUAUUAACAGGUUAUAUCGGUUCUGUUUCAUUUUUAGAUACUGUAUUACAAGUUGUGGACAGAUUGCGCAUGGUCAAUCCUGGACUUAUAUAUGUGUGUGAUCCUGUCAUGGGAGAUGAAGGAAAGCUAUAUGUUCCGCCUGAUCUGGUGUCCGUAUAUCGGGAGAAGGUUAUUCCUGUUGCUUCAAUGCUGACUCCUAACCAGUUUGAAGUUGAGCUUCUGACAGGAUUGAGAAUUACAUCGGAAAGUGAUGGGUUGAAAGCUUGUAAUAUUCUUCAUGCUGCUGGACCGUCAAAGGUGGUAAUAACUAGCUUGAAUAUAGAGGGCAAACUACUCCUAAUUGGUAGUCAUCAGAAAUUAGAGGGUCAGCCUCCGCAUCAGUUUAAGAUAAUCAUUCCUAAGAUUCCGGCAUAUUUUACGGGCACUGGUGAUUUGAUGACAGCACUUUUAUUGGGAUGGAGCAAUAAAUAUCCAGAUAACCUUGAGAAAGCAUCGGAGCUUGCAGUAUCGAGUUUACAGGCCCUGCUGCACAGAACACUAGAAGACUACAAAGCAGUAGGUUUUGAUCCGCAAUCCAGCAGUUUGGAGAUCCGAUUAAUUCAAAGCCAAGACGAUAUUAGGAACCCAGAGGUCAAAUUCAAGGCAGAGGAGUACACUUGAACACUCGAUCAGCGUUGCUGAAGCAUCAAUUUAUAAGAUUACAACCACAAGUUUACUUCUAAUAUACAUCAUUGUUUUAGUGGAGAUGCUGUUUGAAUAAACUGUACUAUGGGAUAUACUUGUCAAACUGAGGGAACUACCUUCCAUUGAAAGUACUUUGAUAUUAUUUUUUUGAUAGUACUUUGAUAUUAUUGAAAUUUCAUCCA